UUUGUUUCUGUCAGAAGCACUGAUAUUCUUCGUAAACGUUUCCUGUGUUAGGAAAGACCACACUAAGCUUGGGAAAAAUGAAAUCGAGCUUCAAUGAAGAAACCCUGGCAUUGUUAUCAAAGUCCACUGUUAAACUUCUACGUGUUCGAAAUGCAAUUGAUGACGGAACGCUGAAGAAAGAGUCACAAAUGCUUCAAAAGCAGAGAAAGGCAGAAGAGAGAUUAUACCAGAGAACAAGAGAAUAUAUUUUACAACAGCGUUCAAAGAUUUCUGAAACAAGACCAUUAUCGUCUCGAAGUUUAAACAUAGAACAAGCUGUCACCAAAUGGAAAAGUGACCCAAACUUGGCGCGACAAAAUUUGUCCCCUCAAAUGAGACGGAAAGAAAUUGAUGCCAACAAAGGGAAACAAACGUUAUUAUCCUCCUCUUUUCCACGCCUCAUGGACCACGCUGACAAACACUCUGAACUAAGCUUGAGUCCUCGCUCCAGGCACCGUGCGUUAUCAACACUAAGCCCCGAGUAUGGCGGUGUCACAACUUCUCUUCCAGACAUAAAUGCCGCCUCUAAGUGGAAAAGAGGCGGCAAGAUAGUCAGGGACACAAUACGACCCUGGAAACUGUCUGACACUCAGCUGGAUACUGGACGUCCAAGCUUUGAUAAAGACGCCAUUACUGAUGAAGAGUGGAAAGAAUUAAAGAAUUGUCGGUAUUUGCGCACUGUAUCGGCGAGGGGAGAACUUAGCAAAUGAUCUUGAUAGUGGAAAAAAUUGUGGAAUGUAUCAGUAUGCAUGGAUAAUUUUUGACCGUACCUUAGCUCAUAAUUGAAGUAAGAAGGAGGAUUUUCCUAUCCGAUCUUGUCUGACGAAAUUUGGUCAUAAAUUGACUCAUUCUAAAAGCCCAUGAACGGCAGGGCCAGCAGACCAGAAGUAUCUGAACUGAUUAAGAGUAAUCAUAACAAAUUACUUUUUGAUCAAUGUAAAAGCUAUGGGCAGUUUUUAAAGUCAUUCAUAUUAAUCAAAUACAUAUUAAUAAGCGGCAGUCUUAUGUUUUCUUGGGAAAAAUUGCUCUACACAUCGAAAAGAUAUGGCAUUUAAUGAAACACAUGCACACGAGCGGAGCAAAAGAACACCAUCAUAGGAGAACGUUUGAACAGAACAGUGACAUACUGCGUACUGGUCACUUCUAAACCUGUACAAGCUUAAUCUCUGCUGGCUGACUAUGACUGCCCUGGCCUCCGUGAUGUCAGCUUUUGUAUCGCUCGCAGUUCCCACGUAGUCAUGCUACUGAGUGCGUGGGUAUGAAAAUAUUAAAAUGAUCAUGUAUAAGUCGUUACAAUUUUCAUUUUUUUUAUGUAUAGAAGAAG